UCGGGGGACCGGAGAGGGAGGGUCCGCGCCUGGAGAGGCCUCGUUCUCCUUCCUCCCCUCGCCGCCAUGGCUCCGAGGCGUCUUCGUCCUCUGCCUCAGGGAGGGAAAGAGCGGGCCCUGAGUGGCUGCCCCCAUAGGCCUUUCCAGUUGCCAGGCAGAAGCCGGAAUGGCGGGUCCCCUGGGAGGAGGAGGAGGGGGCGCGGCUGUUGUUGUAAUUACCAUUUAUAUAUAUAUAUGUAUAUAUAUAUAUAUAUAUGUAUAUAUAUAAUUGGCCAAGGGAGCCGGUGUACAGCUUCCAGGUCAUGUGGCCAACAUGACAAAGCCGCUUCUGGCAAACGCAGAGCAGCACAUGGAAACGCCGUUUACCUUCCAUUCUUAUUAAUGGAAUUACCAUUCUUAUUAAUUGUGGUUCAUACCCCGCCCAUCAGGCUGGGUUUCCUCAGCCACUCUGGGCGGCUUCCAACAAAAUAUUAAAAUUCGGUACAAUAAUUCAUCAACUAUUAAAAGCUUUCCUAAACAGGGCUGCCGCCUUGUUGUUAUUGUUGUUCAUGGUUGUUUUCUUCUUGUUAUUACUACUACUACAGACCCUCCAAGUGUCGCUGUUUUCCAGGGACAGUUGCGGAUUUACAGAAGCCUUCCCAAUUUUUAAUAUGAUCCCGGAAUGUCCCAUUUUCCCUUUGGACAGUGGAGUCCAAACUUUUUUCAAAGGGGGCCAGAUUUGAUGAAGUGAAGGGCUGUGAGGGCCGACCAAAGUUCUUGACCUUUUUUUUAGGAUUGUAGUGCUUGAAGGUGUUUUUUUUUAAAAAGGGCUGAAGUUGUUGAGGGUUUUUUUAGGAUUUUACCCCUGCCUUAGGACGUCCCUGUUUUCAUGGGAGAAAUGUUAGAGGGUCUGGAGUUACGUGACCCCCAAGCCAAAGAAAUAAGUAACUGUACAACCUUUAGAAGACAUCUCAAGGCAGCCCUGGAUAGGGAAGGUUUUAUUAUAUUUUUAUAUAUGUCGGAAGCUGCCCAGAGUGGCUGGGAAACCCAGUCAGAUGGGUGGGGUAUAAAGAGUAAAAUUAUCAUCAUGGAAUGGGACAUCCCUAUUUUCAUUAGAGAAAGGUUGGAGGGCAUGUUUCUGCCUUGGUCAGACCACGCUUGGAGUCCUGUGUUCGGUUUCGGGGCACCACAAUUUAAGGAGGAGAUCAACAAGUUGGAUUGUGUGCAGAAAAGAGUGACCCAGAUGACCAAGGGUCUGGAAACCAAUCCUGAGGAGGGUGCUAGGUAUGUUAAGCCUGGAGAAGAGGACGCGGAGAGCUGAGAUAAGUUGUAGCCAAAAAUACGGUAUUCAACCCCCAAGGCAAAUCAGGCUUCUUGUCAAAAUUUGCAGACUUUCAGCUGUUUGCCACGAGCAAAUCAAACAAAACCAGUAGAAAUGACUCAGCAGAAGGGAUGCUUCAAGUGGCUUCCCCAAAUUCAGCUGAAAUGGCAACUUAUAAAUUGUAAAUUUUGAUAAUAAACCCAAUUUGCAAUGGGGGUUGAAUAAUUUUGAUUGCAACUGUAUGAAGGCCAGUUCUAAGUGUGAAGCUCUUCUCCCCUUGUGUUUCGCACUUCUUGUGAGCCUGAAGGUAGGGGCUUGCUUUGUUCUGUUGGACAGCUGAGUAACAAAUGCUAUAAAUAAGGUAAAACAAUGUGAUGUAUGUCAGGGCAAAAAUAUCCCUUACCUUCACAUCUUUCCUUGGGGGGGUCUGAGCUAGCAGUGAUGGACCAGGAACGAGUCCUUGAGGUGGUGGUAGUAGUACCCUGUUUCCUUUAUUUUAAGACAUAGUCAUAAAAUAAGCCAUAGCAGGAUUUUUAAGUAUUAAAAUAAGACAUCCCCUAAAAAUAAGCCAUAGUGUGUUUUUGUGAGGGGGGGGAAUAUAAGAAAGUGUCUUUUGUUUUUGAAGAAACACAGUAGUAGUAGUAAUAAGAUGUCUGUCUUCCCCCAGAGACUCUGGGGGGCCUCCAACACAAGACGACCUCAGCCAUCAAAAACAGGGCUACCUUUGGAUGUCUGCCUUGGCAGUGGCACCCACCUUGUGGGACAACCUCCCGUCAGUUAAGGAAGUAAACAAUUAUCUGACUUUUAGAAGACAUCUAAAGGCAGUCCUUCUGUGUGCCUCCUCAAGAGGUCUGGAGGGUGGCAACACGAGAGCAGGGUCUUUUCUGCAGAGGCUAUCCCCGGGGAGGCUUGCCUGGUGGCUUCCUUAUUUUAGGCUCCAGGCAGAAAAUUUCCUCGUCUGCUAAGCCUUUGGCUAAUUGACAACUGAUGCCCUUUUAAACUAUGUGGGGAAUUUUGUGUGUGUGGUUUUUAUUGUCAAGUGCCCUGUAAUCCUCAGAUAAAAGGUAAUACAGAAAUUUAAUAAAUAAUACCAGUAAUAGUGUUAAUAACUAUGCACUGGAGACUUCGUAGAGCUGAACAAUACUCCUACCUUCUAAAAAUGGCCACCCAGUAAGAACUGAAAGCAUCACGAAGCUGUGUCGCCCACCCACAAUUUGGAUAGGUACCCUAUUAUAAUACCAUGAUCUAUAUUCCUAAUUACCAUCAACUAUUAGGAUUCCUCCACCUCUCCCUGGAGGACUAUCCUCAGCACAAGAGGACAACUGAAGCCUCUGCACCCCUCCUUCCUUUCUGAUUACAUUUUGUGUUUUUACUUUCAGCUUGGUGGUGGUGUCUGCUGUGAAUUGCAGAUUUGGCAUUUCCCUCCGUAGUGUCCCUCUGCAGGUUGUUCAGUUUAAGACCAAGCAAUCUCAGUGGUUGAACCCUGUUGCUUCUGACCAUUAUGCCACACUUCAGGCUUCAUUAAUUUGACACAGGUGUAAUUAGUCAUGGUCAAGUCUAAAAAAAAGAAAAACCAACAGAAUAAUGGGUAUUGCCAGGAUUAUAGGUGGGGACCUGGAGGAAAUAUGCCCCCAUGGAUGGGAGGUCCUUGCCCAGAUGACAAGUGGGGACCUGGAGGAGAUAUGCCCCCAUGGAUGGGGGGUCCUUACCCAGAUGACAAGUGGGGACCCGGAGGAGAUAUGCCCCCAUGGAUGGGAGGUCCUUGCCCAGAUGACAAGUGGGGACCCGGAGGAGAUAUGCCCCCAUGGAUGGGAGGUCCUUGUCCAGAUGACAUGAGAGGACCGGGAAGAAAUAUGCCGCCAUGGAUGAGAGAUCCUUGUCUAGAUGACACGGGGGGACCCGGAGGAGAUAUGCCCCCAUGGGCGGGAGGUCCUUGUCCAGAUGACAUGAGGGGACCGGGAAGAUAUAUGCCCCCAUGGAUGAGAGAUCCUUGUCUAGAUGACACGGGGGGACCCGGAGGAGAUAUGCCCCCAUGGGCGGAAGGUCCUUGUCCAGAUGACACGGGGGGACCGGGAGGAAAUAUGCCCCCAUGGAUGAGAGAUCCUUGUCCAGAUGACAUGUGGCAACCGAGGAAACGCAGAAAAUAUAUGCAGCCAAAUAUGAGAGGCCCCUGUCCUAAUAUGGGUGAUCCUAGAGAGAACAUGUAUUCAGGACCUAAUGCACCUGACCAAAGGCAGUGUAGGACUUUUGGAGGGCCAGGAAAGUCAUUGUCUGGGAAGGAGCAGCCGAUGGAGAAUGGUCGGGACAAUGGUCCAUUGCCACCUGGUAAUUGUAGCUCAGAUCAGCCUGCUUCAUUAAAUUUGUUCGAUAAAAAUAAUUUUAAAAAAAGGAAAGAUCAGCCCACUUCAAGAAAUGCUGCAGAAAGCGCCUCAAAUACUCAGAAGCAUUACAGAAUGCUUACAGAAGAGGGUGCUGCAAGAAUUCUAUCAAACUUUGGCUUAUCUACUGAAGAUUUGGUGGAAUUUGGCCAUUAUUCAGAUGAUCAGCUGAAGCCUGAAAACAUGGCUAUGAUUUUGAGGGACAUCGUGGAGCGCAAGAAGGCUCGUCAGUUGCCCACUUCAUCUCAGGGCAAAGAAGAGGAAACCUCUAGCAGACAUGGCGGAUCUGAUUCCCUGAUGAAAACAGGACCUGUGGUACCUUCAGCAGCUCAACCCACAACAACACCUGCGGCUUCAUUUAUGCCUCAGUCUUCAGUAUCUCCAUCUCCGUCAAUGAUGAAAGAUUAUCAUGCUGUGUCACCAACAGUACUUCCACACGUGUGUUCUCUAUGUAAAAUAGAAUGUGCAAAUACGACGGGCUGGAAUCUGCACGUGGGCACUACUGCACACUCCGAGAAAUGUACUCAGCUACGCCAGCAGCAUCCUGACUGGAAUCCAGAAGACUGCUCUUUGUUACAGAGACAUGAAGGUGAUAAGAAGGAAAAACAUAUUGCAAUGCCAUGCUCUACCAGUUCUAACUCGAAUGCUUCACAACACUCAGUCCCUGGCCAUGCCUCGAGUCAGACUCAGUCACACUCAGUCCCUGGCCAUGCCUCGAGUCAGACUCAGUCACAAUCUAGGAGCUCCAGGUCUUCAGAGCGACCAAGCUCCCCCAGCUUGAGUUCUCAAAGCUCUUCUAUCCAGAGGAGAGAACUAGGAAUAUCAACUAGAUCUCCAGCGUCCUCUGCAGAAGCAGGAAGCUCCAGGCAACCUCCAGCCAAACCUGAUGUGGCAGAACAACCACCCAACAAGUCAGAGCAUCCACUGCAGACGAAUCCUGGCCAUCAGAAGCUGCCCAAGAAGGAGGCAGCAACACAGAAACAAGGAGACCAGCAACCUCCAGCCAAAUCUGAUGUGACCGAACAACCACCCAACAAGUCAGAGCAUCCACUGCAGACGAAUCCUGGCCAUCAGGAGCUGCCCAUGAAGGAGGCAGCAACACAGGAACAAGGAGACAGGCAACCUGCAGUCAAAUCUGAUGUGGGAGAACAACCACCCAACAAGUCAGAGCAUCCACUGCAGACAAAUCCUGGCCAUCAGGAGCUGUCCAAGAAGGAGGCAGCAACACUGGAACAAGGAGACCGGCAACCUCCAGCCAAAUCUGGUGUGACAGAACAACCACCCAACAAGUCAGAGCAUCCACUGCAGACAAAUCCCGACCAUCAGAAGCUGCCCAAGAAGGAGGCAGCAACACAGGAACAAGGAGACCGGCAACCUCCAGCCAAAUCUGAUGUGACCGAACAACCACCCAACAAGUCAGAGCAUCCACUGCAGACGAAUCCUGGCCAUCAGGAGCUGCCCAUGAAGGAGGCAGCAACACAGGAACAAGGAGACAGGCAACCUGCAGUCAAAUCUGAUGUGGGAGAACAACCACCCAACAAGUCAGAGCAUCCACUGCAGACAAAUCCCGACCAUCAGAAGCUGCCCAAGAAGGAGGCAGCAACACAGAAACAAGGAGACCGGCAACCUCCAGCUAAAUCUGGUGUGACAGAACAACCACCCAACAAGUCAGAGCAUCCACUGCAGACAAAUCCCGGCCAUCAGGAGGUGCCCAAGAAGGAGGCAGCCACACAGGAGCAAGGAGACAGGCAACCUGCAGUCAAAUCUGAUGUGGGAGAACAACCACCCAACAAGUCAGAGCAUCCACUGCAGACAAAUCCCGGCCAUCAGGAGGUGCCCAAGAAGGAGGCAGCCACACAGGAGCAAGGAGACAGGCAACCUCCAGCCAAAUCUAAUGUGGCAGAACAACCACCCAACAAGUCAGAGCAUCCACUGCAGACAAAUCCCGACCAUCAGAAGCUGCCCAAGAAGGAGGCAGUAACACAGAAACAAGGAGACCGGCAACCUCCAGCCAAAUCUGGUGUGACAGAACAACCACCCAACAAGUCAGAGCAUCCACUGCAGACAAAUCCAGGCCAUCAGGAGCUGCCCAAGAAGGAGGCAGCAACACUGGAACAAGGAGACAGGCAACCUGAAGAUCUGUUGCGCUUGGCAUUGACGCCUCUUGCAGAACAAACUGUCAUGCAGGCCCUAUCGGUGCUGCAGUCUGGAGGCGCAGUGGGUGCUGGACUCACCCAAGGAACGAGCUUGCCCCCACUUCCUCCUGUGCAGAUCGAUCCAGCAUCCCUUGUUUCCAUGAUGCAGCUGGUUGCAACACAGGUGGUGCAAGCUGCCUUAGCCUCCAAGGAAGCCUCAAGUGUGCAGGGAAGCCCAAGUGUGGCUGGAAGUCCCCAGUUAAGUAUUCCUGCAGAAAGCGAAGAAAAGAAGCAGGAGAGCAGUCAGGAAGUGGUGCCAGGAGUCGCUCCUUCUUCCGCAGCAUGUGUGGAAAGAUCAGAGGCCUCAGGUAGUAAAGGGGGGUUAACUCCCUCGACCUUGUUCACUGUGCCAUGGCCUCAGAAGAAAGAUGCAAGACGUCCGAAGAAGAAUCUUCCAGCAGAGAUACCGGCAGGUCCGUCUGCCCUGCAUAUCUGGAUAGUCGGCCACAGCACUGUUCUCUUGGCUGGCCAGCGGGCAGUGAAGUCAGGACUUGGGCGCCGGCUCGGACUCCCCAACCACGUGAGCGUCUCUUGGGUGUCCAGACGAGGAAUGCGUUGGGAGGACCUUCUCCCAACGUUGCGGUUGAAGGUGUCUGCGGAAGGCACUCCUGCAGCAGUGGUGGUGCAGCUGGGCGAGAUUGAUCUGAUGGAAACUACAACUUUGAUCUUGCGGACCCGCAUGCAGAAGGACUUGGAUGAGUUGGCGACAGCUCUUCCUGGACUCAAAAUAUUCUGGUCGCAGCUGCUGCAGCAACGUGUGUGGUAUGGAAGCCACAGCCCACUUGCCGCCGAGAGGGCCAGGAAGCGCGUCCAGUCUUCAGUGGCCAAGAAGGUUGUGGCCUUGGGUGGGACGUUGAUCUUUCACCCAACCAUUAAAGCUAAGGAUGCUUCCCUAUACACGGAGGAUGGGGUCCAUCUGUCUGUUGUUGGGAAUGAUGUGUGGCUGGCAGAAGUGUCAGCAGGUAUAAGGGCUUGGUUGCAGGAGUGAGUGGUUGGCAGUGAGCUGCAGGUUCUCAUGUGGCCGAGGGGGGAGCUUGCUGCGGAAACACGUUUUGCAAUGCCCCUUCUGAUCUGAUUAACCCUGCUGUGCCUCAAUGCCCCGUCAUGGGGACUGAGAGGGAUACAUGCCCAGUGCCUAAGUCAAGGUUUCCUCUGCCUGAAAUUGUUAAUAAAGUUGCGGCCAUUUUAAAUCCCAAAAUAUGUCAUCAUGUGCAAUCCUUGCUGUUGGACUGACUCCCGGAGGGGUGGGGGUCUGCGCCUGGGCACGCAAUGCAGUAGCCUCAGUGCCCUUUCUACUCUAUCUUCUUUCUGGACAGGACCCUCACCACCCUGUGCUUCCACUGGGUUUGAGGUUACUAUACAUUUAGAGGGGGUUGGAGUAGAUGACCCUUGGGUCCCUUCCAACUCUACAGUUCUGUGAGUCUAUCCAGUCACUCAAGCAGAGAGGUAUAUCAAUCAGGGCUAGUUUGGGUCUCAGUUUGGAAGGUGAGCAGCAGCAACAGCAAGACCCUCUCACCUUUGUUUGCAGACACUUUGGAUUCGGACCCCACCUGCAAGCAGACAUCUUGCCUUUGCAGGUGCUGCCUGCCCGUAACUGUGUCUGCCUUGCUACGCAAAGGAAUUCCACUCCUUAGGGCAGCCAUCCCUAAAGCAGGCGAAGGAAUGCCUGUUUUCCCCUCACAAUUGGCCUGCUGUAGCCUCCUAGGAGGCUGUGUGAUACGGAGUCAGAUCAUUGGUCCAGGGCGGUCCAACACGUGGUUGGGAAGCCCUUGGCAAUGUUGGACUAUCCUACGUUGAUCCACCUGAGCUCCGUAUUUUCUAUACCAAUGUUCCUCAAACUUGAAUUCCCAGCUGCUGUUGGACUACAACUCCCAUCAUCCAUAGCUAGCAGGACCAGUGAUGAGGGAUGGUGGGGGUUGUCCAAGAACAGCUGGGAAUUCAAGUUUGAGAAAAAAUGGGCUGCACGGACUAGUGGCUUCAGGCAGGGAGUCUCCCCCAGCCCUAUUUGGAGAUGCUGGUAACUGAACAUGGGACCUUUUGGUGCUGGAUGCUGCAUCAUACUGAGUCAGACCACUGGUCCAUUUAGCAUAGUAUUGCCUCAUUGACUGGCAGAAGCUCUCCAGGGUUUCAGGCAUGGAAUGCCGUCAGCCCUACGGCCUCAGCCCUGUAUACCUGAAGGAGUGACUGCACCCCUGUUGCUCGGCCUGGACACUGAAGUCCAGCUCCGAGGGCCUUCUGGCAGUCCAUUCAUUGCUGAAAGUGACGUUACAGGGAAACAGGGAGAGGGCCUUCCCGGUAGUGGCGCCUGCCCUGUGGAACACUUUCCUGUCGCUUGUCAAAGAGAUAGGAAUUCUGAAGUCAGCUCUGUAUCGGCAAGCUUUUAAUGUUUGACACUGUGUUUUUGUUGAAGCUGCACAGAGUGGCUGGGGCAACCCAGUGUGAUGGGCAGGGUAGAAUAAAUUCAUUGUUUCGUUGUUUUUGUUUUAAUUACUUCUUUGUCUUUUUAUCUUGUGAACCAUCCUGAGAUGAUUUGUUAAAAGGCAGUAUAUAAAUCUAAUAAGUUGUUGUUGUUGUUAUCUGGAGAUGCUGCUGGGGAUUGAACCUGGGAACUUCUGCAUACAAAGCAGGUGAUCUGCCACUCUAUGGCAUUUGACUUCAGGUGUGAGGCUGAUGGGUGUUACUUGGGGAAAACAGUGUCACAGGUCAAACUGAAGCCUGUGCCGGGACAGAAUAAUCUUGUGGGCCGGAGAUUUCCUGCGUCAGUCAUAAAAGGAGCAGGGAAGGGUGCAAUGAAUCCGGCAGGCUGCUCUGAAGAUCUGUAUGCGACUGCUAUCGGGACUUGGCUCAGAUUUUGGGAGCGCAAGGGUUCCUUUCUGAAAGGAAAGGAGCGGAUUUUUUGAUUAUCAGUAACCUGAGAUAUUUGGGUGGGGUGGAUGGGUGGCUAAUCUGGCCUCCCAUAAGAUGCUGAAUUGCAACUCCCAUCAUCCUCACUUCUUUGCCUUGCUGGACAGGGCUAUUGGCAGUUGAAGUCCAGCAACAUCUGGAGUGCCAGAAAUUAGCUACCCAGGUUUAGGGCCACAGCUGUAAUGUAUACAUUCUUGGAACAGCUAGGCACCUGCGUACAAACCCCUGAUGUAAAACUAAAAUAUGAGAGAGGGCACAUGCUCUUCAUGCAAAAGGCCUCAGGUUAAUGCUUAAUCAUCCAGUUUGUGGGUUGGAGUAGGACCUGUGUAUGCCUCCUCCUGCAGUUACUUGCAUGGUAGAGGGAUUGCGAUGAUAUCUCGAGAAGGGAGCAGGAGGCAAGGAAGCCAAGGGCAAUGCUCAAAAGAAGUGCACCAAACAGCCUCAGGAUUCUUCUUCCAAAUGGGAGGCAGGCCCAGACAUGGGGUCUGCUGGAAGCCACGGAGUGGGUAGCGAGUAAGAAACAUUCCAAAUCAAAUACAACGGUUAGUAAACCACCUUUGCUUGAUAUUGCAGCAUGUGUGGAAAGAUCAGAGGCCUCAGGUAGUAAAGGGGGGUUAACUCCCUCGACCUUGUUCACUGUGCCAUGGCUUCAGAAGAAAGAUGCAAGACGUCCGAAGAAGAAUCUUCCAGCAGAGAUACCGGCAGGUGAGAA